GGUUCUGCUUCGUUUAUUCGUUGCGUAUCGUUAAUGGUGUUUUGAUUCGGAGAAAGCUGUCGACUUUCAAGGGUACGUAACGUUGAUGUUCUAAAGCAAGUUCGAGAAGGGGAUCACGACAUAUAUUUUACAAUCUCGUAAUCUCAAAUCAUGUAAGUUAGCUCUCUAAUAUACACAACCUUAAAGUUAGAUCGUUUACCUUAUAUCUCCUUGAUCCAAAUGUUUAUACUCAUGUAUGUUAUACAAUCUCAAAGGUUUGGGUUCGGUUUGUUUGUCCACCCCUAACAUGAAACAUUAAUUAUAGUAACUUACCUAGAAUGGCUGGCCAUGUUUUUUCACAUCUGAAUGAUCCAGGAACAUUCACGCACUUGUUCUUUCCACACACCCCAUAUAUAGUUCUGCAUUCAUCAAUGUCUAUGGGCAAAACAACAUAAAACUAAAUUAUCAUAACUAUUGGAUUUUACACAAAGCUCUCUAUCCAAAGUGACAAGGAAGCUGAUACACACACCUUGGCAUCCAUCAGGUAAAUAAGGAUUCCCUUCAUAACCAGAUCUGCAGCUGCACUGAUACUUAUACUUAUCAUCCGUGCGGGUUACGCUUGUACUAAUCUCGCAUUGUGAACUCUUUGGAACGAUGUUGGGAGGAACUUCAAGACGCUUAUGUUAUAGUUAUAUAACGAAGACUUUGAACCGUGUGAAUCGCAAUGGGCUCCAUAGACAAACCACACAAACCAAAAAAAAAACUGUAAUGGAAUACAAAUAAAGAUAGUAAAAGUUUCGACCAUUUUAAUUUGUUUAUUAUUUAUAUUGAUGUACAUAUCAACGAAGACUUGUGACUUGUAUGAAUUUAACCUAUAAUAUAUUAGCAGUGCGUUAAGCACCAUAGAUAUAUACAGUUGAAAUAAAAGAUAAUGUCUCUUUAGUUGUCACUUACAUUCAUGCUGAGCCAAAGCUGUUGGCUCCAUUACCAUCAAACAGACGAAGACGAUGCUCAGAUUCCUUUUCGUAGUACUACGUUUUUGACUUCCACGUUUCCACUUACAAACGACGUCGCAUCACACGCAGGUCUCACACACGAUGUGUAGGCCCAAUGGGCUUAAACUUGAAAGUUAACAAGAACUUAGUAUUUGUUAGUGUAGGCCCAAUGUUCAGAUAAUAUAUCCCCUUAUUGAAAUUUCCAAAACUGACUUUAGAGUUAGAGAUUAACUUUAGAUCAUAAUUUGGUUAUAUAAUAUUUAGAUUUAUUAUUAUUAUUAAUCAGCAUUUCCAAAACAAGAAAUUGCAUAUUCAUAAGAAAUCCAUAGUAACACAGAUAUAUAGGAAAGGAAAAAAAGCAUUAAUUGAUGAAAUCAAAAGAGAGUCUUUAUAACGAAGAUAAAAUUUAAAUAAAAAAAGGUAUGGCCACGUUGGUUAUUAAGUUUAGGAUCUGAUGAUAAUGAGAGUGCACAUUUAAUGCAAACCGUAUAACAUAAGCUACGGGACUGACUCAACUUGAUUCCAUACUCCACCGAUCUUAUUCUUUCAUCUUGGCCGUCCAUUGUUCCGUCUUUCGAAAGAUGUACGGUUCACGGUUUCUUCUGGUUUUUUAGAAACCGAGUCAGACGGAGUUAAGUUAAAAUCUUAACACUAAAUAUUUUGUAUUUUUCCAUUACAAAAGUGUAGUCUGACCAUUUGGUAAUUUUUAAAACAUAUCUUUUUCUCUAAUCUCCAUCCUUUGAGUAAGAAACGAGGAAAGCCAAGUGAGAGAAACACAAAAGAAUAAGAAGAAGAAAGACGUUAGGGUUCUUGAUGUAUUUAUCCUGAGAUUCCAUCAAAGAAAGAGAAGAUGUUUUUGGACUGUAGCUAGCUCCCACAAUCUUUCUUAAGUUUGCUCACCGCUCAGCUUAUCAUUUCAAGGUUCUUCAGUGUCUGAAGCAAGCAUCUCAGUGUAUUCAUUAUAGUCAAGUAUGCCAGAUUCUUCUUGCAAGUAGAAUAAUUUUGAAGGAUUCUUCUUGUUGUUGUUGUGAUGGAUAGAAACAGUCACAGACAACAGCAUCCUUUCCAGCAACACCAUCUGGAACCUGGCUAUGUGAAUGACUCUGUCCCUCAACCUCAAGCAUUUACUCCUGAUCAAACAGGCGGCAUGACUGCAAAUGCUCGGCCUCCCAACACUUCAGAUGUUAAGCCAGGGCUUCAUUACUCUAUCCAAACAGGAGAGGAGUUCUCUCUGGAGUUUCUGCGAGAUAGAGUGAUUUCUCAAAGGUCUGCAAACCCCAAUGCAGCUAAUGACAUGGUGGGAAACGGGAUGAGAGAAUAUGACAGAACAAACUACCCUCUUCAUGAGUUUGGAAAUCAACUUGGGCAUAUCCAGUCAGCACCAGAAGCUUCGUUAUGUCAAGAUACAAGUUUAGGAAACUUUCAUGGGUAUGCAUCUUCUUCCUCAGCCUCAGGUAGUGUAACAGCAAAGGUUAAAGUCCUUUGCAGCUUCGGUGGGAAAAUACUCCCGCGUCCAGGCGAUUCAAAGCUCAGAUACGUUGGAGGCGAAACGCACAUUAUCUCCAUAAGAAGAGACAUAUCUUGGCAGGAGCUUAGGCAAAAAGUUCUUGAAAUCUACUACCGGACUCAUGUGGUGAAGUACCAGCUUCCCGGUGAAGAUCUUGACGCCUUGGUGUCUGUAACGUGCGAUGAAGAUCUCCAGAACAUGAUGGAGGAGUAUAACGAGAUGGAGAACCGUGGGGGCUCGCAGAAGCUUAGAAUGUUUCUCUUCUCCGUCGCUGAUUUGGAUGGUUCUCUUUUGGGGGUUAAGCAGAAUGAUGUUGACUCUGAGUUUCAGUAUGUUGUGGCUGUUAAUGAUAUGGACAUUGGAUCAAGAAGCAACUCUACUCUUAAUGGAUCUGCAAACAAUUUAGCUGAGAUGGAUGUUAGGAACGCCAACGGUGUUGCCCCUCCGCAGUUACAAUCCUCUAUACAGUAUUCUGACUCUGCGCCACAAAGCUCAUUGCUUCAGUAUCCUCCUCAAUCCAUCCCACACAGUGCUGCGUUUCAGUUUCAGCAAGCUGUUCCUCCUAGUUCUACUCUUCAGUAUGCUCAGCCCAUUCCACCAAACCCCUCUCUUCAGUAUCCUCAAUCUAUUCCUCUUCAGUAUCCACCAUCAGUUUCCCCUAGCUCAUAUGGAAUGUACCCACAAUACUAUGACGAAAGACAGCAGUUUCCAAUGCAUCCUGAACACAGUUCUUCCAAUUACUCUAUCUCCAUGCCUUUCCAAGGCCAGCAGCCAUACCCUUACCCUAGUGUCAUACAGCAAAACGCAGCAGUGCAGGGAAGAGAGCUAAACAUAAAACCUGAGAUGAGAGUUCGUGAGAAUGUAGAGCCUGAGUUUCGUCAGAGUCCUCCUCAAGCUGAUAAUGUCGAAGUUCAGGAGCCAUCAGUUUCUCCAACUGUUCCUAGCCAGGAUGCUAACCAUAUGUUACCCCCAAGAAGAGAUCCACGACAGAACACUCCUGUCAAGCCUGCUGCUACAUACCGUGAUGCUGUUGUUCGUGAGCAGGCUCCUGUACCUGGUGAGGAUGAUCAGCUUUCGUCGUCAAGUGGUACGUGUGGUCUUGCUCAGACUGACUCCGAGUCAAAUUUAAUCGAUCUUGAUUACUCGGAGCCUUCACCACCCACGCGGAGAGUAUACCGUUCUGAGAGAAUACCUCGUGAACAGUUGGAAAUGCUAAACCGCCUGUCAAAGUCUGAUGACUCUAUAGGCUCUCAGUUCUUAAUGUCUCAUUCACAAGCUCAGCAAGAUCCUGCAAAGCAAGGAGAGGGUAAAUCACAUGAAGUUGGGGCAUCGAAUGAGAAUAAGAUUUUAAGCCCUGACGCUGCCAACAAGAAUCAAAUGGUUAAUGGUGGAGGUAUUGAGGCUGAAGCUCCUAACCUUAGCCAUAAAGACACAGCCACCACCACCAGUCAAGUUAGCCCUGAAGGUCAAGCUUCCUCAGGUGUUGUUAUUGACAUCAAUGAUAGGUUUCCUCAGGACUUCCUUUCUGAGAUAUUUGCAAAGGCGCUCUCUGAAGACGUGCCACCAGGCGGCGUCAAUGCAUAUCAGCAUGAUGGUGCUGGUGUUAGUUUGAAUGUAGAGAAUCAUGAUCCUAAGAAUUGGUCUUAUUUCCGGAAACUGGCAGAUGAACAGUUCAGUGAAAGAGAUGAUCUCCCACCUGGCUUUCCAUCUGACAUGGAAGAUAGCGCAGGGAUUACCAAGUUGCAUCACGUCGCUCCAGUGGCCAGCGAUGAUCCUCAGGAGAAUUUAGGUCAAGCUUAUGUUGCUGGCGCUAACGAGGAUCCACAGAUGAAGGUCACAGAGAGUGAGGAGUUUGGUGCUAUGGUUGAGAAUCUAAGGACGCCAGAUAGUGGACAUGAGGAUGAAAAGAAAGAAACAAGGAAUGCUGUUCCUCCACUUGGUUCCUCUUUGGCAGAUUACGAUAAAAAUGACUUACAGAUCAUUAUGAAUGAUGAUCUCGAGGAGCUAAAGGAACUUGGUUCUGGGACGUUUGGUACAGUGUAUCAUGGGAAAUGGAGAGGAUCAGAUGUUGCCAUCAAGAGGAUAAAGAAGAGUUGCUUUGCUGGUCGAUCAUCUGAACAAGAGAGAUUAACUGGUGAAUUUUGGGGAGAAGCUGGGAUACUUUCAAAGCUUCAUCAUCCAAAUGUGGUUGCAUUUUAUGGUGUUGUGAAAGAUGGACCUGGUGGAACAUUGGCUACUGUAACAGAGUACAUGGUUGAUGGUUCUCUAAGACAUGUUCUACUCAGGAAAGAUAGACACCUGGAUCGUCGUAAGAGACUAAUCAUUGCCAUGGACGCUGCAUUUGGAAUGGAGUAUUUGCACGCCAAGAACAUUGUUCACUUCGAUUUGAAGUGUGACAACUUACUUGUGAACCUGAAAGAUCCUUCUCGCCCAAUCUGCAAGGUUGGUGAUUUCGGCUUGUCAAAAAUUAAAAGAAAUACGUUGGUAUCUGGUGGUGUACGUGGAACCCUUCCAUGGAUGGCACCAGAGCUUUUAAACGGCAGUAGUAGCAAAGUUUCAGAGAAGGUGGAUGUCUUCUCUUUUGGUAUAGUCUUGUGGGAGAUUCUAACCGGAGAGGAACCAUAUGCGAAUAUGCACUAUGGUGCUAUUAUAGGUGGGAUAGUGAACAACACACUGAGGCCGACCAUACCAAGUUACUGUGACUCAGACUGGAGAAUACUAAUGGAGGAGUGUUGGGCGCCUAUUCCGACGGCAAGGCCAUCCUUCACUGAGAUCGCUGGUCGUUUACGUGUGAUGUCAACUGCUGCAACUUCCAACCAAUCCAAACCACCAGCUCACAAUAAGGCUUCAAAGUAAAACAGUCUUUUCUUAUUUAUAGGUUUACUCUUUCCAGGUGUUUGGGUCAGGAGGAAGAUAUUUGUUGACCCUUUUCUCCUUUCCCUUUUCUUUUACCAAUACCAAAACCAAAGAACAAGUUAAAGUAAUAAAAUUGGUUUGAGGCUUUUGUAUUAA